AGGAGGUUCCCGGUCUCGGAAUGGGAGACUUUGAAUCUUCCGUGCGCGCGUGCCCCUGCCGUCGCCGUUCGCAACAUGAUCGCCGAGGAUCGCCGGGAUGCGAAGGGAUGCGGCGGUGUCGGGAGAUUUGAAAUAACCCCUCCCUCGUCAUGAAGCACUCUAGCAGCAUGCCACUCUGUUUCGAUCCCCCACUUGCGACUCAAGAAGGCUAAAGAUCUUUGCGAGAGCACGCACAUACUGAGCUUGCUUCCCCCCAUCAUCUGCGCGAGGUUGGAUGCCGAACAACAAUAGCGCGCCGCAGCCGCAGGCGUCGACGUCGGCGGGCAAUCAGGAUGUGCUCCUGAGGAGGAAGAAGGCGGAUAGGGCGUGCGAUUAUUGCAGGAAGCGGAAGGCGAGAUGCGACGCCGAUCCGUUGUCGGGGCGGACGUGCAUGAACUGCACCCUAAACCAGGUCGAGUGCACAUUCGAUGAUACGAUGAAGAAACAAACCAUGAAUCGGAAUUACAUCGAAGCUCUCGAGACGCGGAUCGCAGAGCUGCAGAACCGCGUUACGGAGCUUGAGAUGCAGCUAAAGCUGCAACAGGACAGCAAUCAUGCCAGUCCAGCUUCUAGCAACGACUCGAACACCAACUCCAUCACGCCUAAAGAUUUCGUCGCCAAAGCGUUAGGCUCCGACGAUCGGCGACAGGCUUCCCCUCCCCAGGACCAUCAAGCAGAGACCUGGGAGAAGACCUUCCCACCAUCUGAGGAGUUCGACCCCGACAGCGCCGGGUUCAUUCAAUCGUUGAAGAACCUCGAUAUCGGACGGGACUAUGUCCGGCACAUGGGCCGCUCUAGCACGGCGUAUCUGGUAUGGCAAGCGAUCCAUCUGCGCACGGCGGAGGACAAGAACCUCGCAGAUCGCUUUUACUUCACGCGCAGGCUCGACUUUUGGCUUCCGAGACCAUGGGAGAUGGAGAUCUCGGCGCCGCCGCGCCCGAAGUUCACGUUCCCAGAUCGAGUGCUUUUGCACCAGCUGGUGAACCUGUACUUUGACAACGUCAACAUGUUCUUCCCGAUGCUGCAUCGGCCCACAUUUGACAAGCAGCUGUACUCAAUGGAUCAUGCGCGGGAUACGGGCUUUGCCUGCAUCGUCCUCCUUGUCUGCGCGAUAGGCUCGCGGUACUCUGACGACCCUAGAGUGAAGGCAGACCCACACGCGUCGAAGCACUCGGCUGGGUGGCACUACUUCAGCCAGGUCGAAAUGGUCCGCAAGCCCAUGAUCAUACCCCCGAAGCUGCACGACAUUCAGAUUCACUGCCUAUCUAUCUUCUUCAUGUAUGCAGCGUCGAUGGUCGUCGGGUUGCAUGUUUGGACCCGCAUAGGUGUCGCCAUUCGUUUCGCGCAAGACGCCGGCGCGCACAGGCGGCGGACACGAAAGAAGAUAACCAUCGAGGAUGAACUAUGGAACCGAUGUUUCUGGACGCUAGUUGGCUUCGAUAGGAUAUUCAGCGCCAUACUCGGGCGCGCUUGCGCCAUACAGGAUGAGGAGUUUAGCAUCCGUUAUCCGAUGGAGGUCGACGACGAUUACUGGGACCCACCAGACCCGGCGCUGGCUUGGAAGCAGCCGCCCGGGAAGCCCGCCGUUUCGUCAACCUUUGUCGCAUGGAUCAAACUCACCCGGAUCAUGGAGAUGACCUUGCGCACCAUUUAUACUAUCAAUCGCACGCAACUGUUUGCCGGCGUCAUCGAGGAGGGCUGGGAGCGGCAGGUAAUUGCCGAGCUCGACUCUGCCUUAAACAAGUGGCAAGGCGCUCUACCUGAGCAUCUGCGGUUGAACCCGGACGAGCCAAGCGAUGUAUUCCUCGACUGUCAAGUCUUCCUGCAUACUUUCUUUGCGCAGGCGCAGAUCCUCAUACACAAGCCGUUCAUCACGCCACUUGAGAACUCGCGGCCAGUUGGACUCCCGUCACUUGAGAUCUGCACGAGUGCGGCGCGGGCUUGCGCGCAUGCAAUCGAUGUUCAUAGACGGCGACGGCCGAAUCACCCUAUGCCGUAUAUCAUGUCGACUAUAUCGUCGUCCGGCGUCGUGCUCGUGCUAAGCCUGUGGGCGAGGGAGAAGUCGACGAACACCAAUAACAUCGACAAACUGAAGGAGUUCAAGGAGAUCAACAUGUGUCGCGAGUAUCUGAAGGCGCUAGAGGAAAGAUGGGUUACCGCUGGUCGAUUCUGGGAUAUCCUGAAUGGGCUCUGUCACGUCCACCAGCAACUCGGCAAGCGGGUCCGCGAAGACGUCGAGGAGUCGGCACGAACAGCGCAGCCACCGCCUCGCACCGAUGUCGUCGCGUCAAACCACUCCUGGGACUUCAUGAACUUGAUGGUACCCAGUCAAGAUCUGUUCAACCCCAACACACCAUCCUCGUCCUCAUCCAACUCAGCUCCCACGCCGAGCUACGCGGACUGGAUGAGCCUUGCUGGCGCGGAUAUCGGCAUUGAUCCCUUCAACGCACCAUUCUCCAAUGCGCCAUCGACAUCGUCUCCCGCGACUUUGCCGACCCCCGCGCCCGUGGCGACGCCUUCAAGUGUGAGCCUGGGUACCGAUACGGGCGACUUCUCCACGGCGGAGGGGUGGUUUAAGCAGCUGUCGACAAGCCAGCUGGAGAGUAUGCUUGGGGCGCAGGCGGCGGAGAUGGAUGCGACGCAGAUGGACGAGGCCAUGAUGGAGCGCUGGGCGGACGCGUUUCCGGCGAACUUCGUCAACGAGAGCCUGGUACAAGCGUGGCCAUCCAAUCCUGCACCUGACCUGCCAUCACUUCAACAGAGCUUGCAGCACCCAAUGUUUUCGCCCUCCGAUGGGCACCAGGAUUUUGUAGAUAAUGGAGAUUCCGAGCGGCCCCGCUGGUUCUAGAGGGACUUUGCAGACUCUAAGCUGCUCUUGUGUAUUUGCUAUCUUGUAUUCUAUCCCCGCUCUAUAUCAGUCUGUCUCCAUGUACAGUUGCGCCUGGUGGUAAAGUGGGUCAGCACAUCCUUACAGUACACUGAAGUUCGAAUGUCUGGUGCCCGUGAGAAAGUGCAUCAAUUGAGUGGCGC